AGGUUUAGGGCUUUUUGUAAGUGGCUAAACAUGUAUUUUAUCUGCGGUAUAAUGCUUGUUUUGCUUCCAUUUACAAGAGGGGAGACAUUUACAAAAGGUUUAGAUGACUUUGCCUUUGCCUCUUACUACCAAAACAACAUGGUUCUACAAAUGGAACCGUACAGAGCUGUUAUUUGGGGUUAUGGCACUAUUGGUGCUACAGUGAACAUAUCACUCAUACAAGAUGUAUAUUCAACUAAAGUAAGAGCUGGACCAACAGGCAAGGGAGUGUGGUCAGUAACAUUGAACAGCCAUGCUGCUGGAGGUCCUUUCAUGAUCCAGGGAGUGCAGGAUUACUAUGGAAUGCUGCAUUGGAUUCUGCUUAAGGGAGUUUUAUUUGGUGAUGUUUGGGUGUGUGGAGGACAGAGUAAUAUGCAGUUCACUGUUUCAAUGUUAGAGAACCCAGCAAAGGAAGUGGAGUUAGCUUCAAAGUAUCCGGACAUCAGACUGUUAACAGUUGCAGAAUUAAUAUCACAAGAACCUGAGUACGAUAUUGAGCGUUUGGAACUUGGGUGGUCACUUCCGUCUAAUGAGUCUCUUAAUGGUGGGACAUGGUCUCAUUUCUCAGCUGUGUGUUGGAUAUAUGGCCGACACUUGUAUGAUGCAUUACAAGUUCCUAUUGGUCUUGUCGCAUCUUCAUAUGGUGGAACGGCUGUGGAAGCAUGGUCAUCUCCACAGGCCUUGAAAGAGUGUGGUUUAGAAAGAAGUAAUAAAAUAAGAUUUGGUGAUCGCAACUCUAACAGCGUCCUGUGGAAUGCAAUGAUUCAUCCAUUACUUAACAUGACUAUAAAAGGGACAAUAUGGUACCAAGGAGAACAAAAUUUCCAUUACCAUAAUGCUGAGUACGCAUGUUCAUUCCCUGCUAUGAUAAAAGACUGGAGGAAGAAGUGGCAUGAGGGGACAGGAGGUCAAACUCAUAGAGAAUUCCCAUUUGGUUUUGUGCAGCUAAGUACAGUAAACAGUACAGAUGAUGGGUGUUUUUCACUUAUAAGAUGGCACCAAACUGCCGACAUUGGGUAUGCACCUAAUGUUAAGAUGCCAAACACAUUCAUGGCGGUUGCAAUGGAUCUACCUGAUAAUGAAUCACCAUUUGGAAGCAUACACCCCCGUGACAAAGAUGAUGUAGCGAAACGUUUAGUGGUGGGUGCAUUAAAUGUUGGGUAUGGCAGGAAUGUUGAGUUUCAAGGUCCAUUUCCAGAGUCGGUGAUUGAAACAGCAAACAACCAUCUUCUUGUGACUUACCCAAGUAAAGAACGGAUCAUUGUGAAAGAAAGAGGGAGUUUUCAGGUGUGUUGCACAUCACCAUGCAAUAUAUCUGAACCAUCACCCUCUCCGUCAUGGCUGUGGACACCGAUUGUGUCCCAUGAUCUAUAUUCCAUAACCCUUGACACACGUGGGUGCACGAAUAGCGCAGAAAGCCCAAAAAUGCUUCGGUACGCUUGGGCGCUCACACCCUGCCCAUUCAAGCAGUGCUCUGUGUACAAUGAAUGUGAUUUGCCAGCUCCACCGUUUGUUAUCCCUAUAAAUGGAAAAUAAACUACCAAUAUUUGAGAAUUUUCAAAUCCAAGUUUCAACCCACAUUGUAUAGCAUUUAUCUCUAAUAAAAUUUAUUAUUAUUAAAGUUAUAUAUUCAAGUUAUAGAAGCUCUCUCCAUUUUCUGUGCAAACUAGGAACAAAACCAAAUAUCUUCCAUAAUUCUGUACACCGUUAAUAAUAGUGGCUGAUACCAAAAGUAUAUUAACCAAAGUGUGUAUUUAUAAUUGAACUACAUAUUUUUAUCAUUGUAGUGCAUCUACAGUAUAUAUAUACAGAAAUAACCUGAAAUUAAAGUUUAAAUAUUUUAUCCAUCUGCCCAAGAUAAUGUGGCGCGAAGCUAUGUUUUGUUCAGAUAUUUUAUUUGAUCAACUUAGUUUUCAUUUAUAUGCAAAGGAAAUCAUGAUUAUUAUGUUAUAUGGAAGUUACAAGUUUUAAAUUUGCCUUUGAGUGGAUUUUUUGUAAUGUUUAUGCAGUUUUGUUCUAAUGGUUUUUUUCUAUUAUAUGUGUAUCAAGUAAUUUCCCAUUUAUUAAUAUUUUUUCUUUCAAAAGUAGUUUUAUCAAUUAGUACCCGUUUGUAGCAAUAUUACAAAACAAAGU